CUUCGCCCCACUUGGCACGGAAGCCACUUCGACCAAACCAAAAGCAAAACAAAAAGGAACACUCCGUGCUCACACAAGCACAAUGGCCGACAUCGACUUCAUGGAUUUCGCUCCAGACACCCAAAUGGAUUGGAUGGAAAUGCUUAAUCAAUUCAACAGCUCUUUCGAGUUCUCAUUACAGCACUCAUCGUCACCCCCGUCACAACAAAACAACCAUACCACUCCUCCGCCCUGUAGAAUUGCACCGGUGUCACCAGAGCUGGCCGGAGCACAGUCCGUCAAGGCGAUGAAGGAGAUGCUAUUCUGCUUGGCUGCGCUGCAGCCCGUUCGGAUCAACCUAGAGCUGGCUAAGGCGCGGCCGCGGCGGAAUGUGAGGAUAUCGAAAGAACCGCAGAGCGUGGCGGCGAGGCUGAGAAGGGAGCGGAUCAGCGAGAGGAUACGAAUACUGCAGCAGCUGGUGCCGGGGGGCAACAAGAUGGACACGGCGUCUAUGCUUGAGGAGGCCGUCCGCUAUGUCAAGUUCCUUAAGGCGCAAGUGCGGGCUAUGGAGAAGGUGGGGGGCGGAGGGCGGACGCCAGCAGUGCUGGGAUUUGGUGGGGGUCUGAGUUAUUUUCAGAAUCAGAUUUCGGAUGGGGAAGGGCUCUUGAAUGCUGCACAGAUGCUGAGAUAGAACUAUCGUUGUGGACCAGUUAUGGUAAAUAUGUUAGUGCAUUAUGUUUGUAGCUAGCAUUAAUGUAAAGCGCAUGAUCGU